AUGACUAGGCCCCAAGUUCAAUUCAGUGCAUCAUUUGAAGACAACCAGGCAGAAAUGAAGGGGCUGAAGAUCAAAUUGCCAAUGCGUAAAGGAAGUGAAACCAGUUUGACCCCAAAGGUGUUGAGUAAGCGGAAGAGAAGAAAUAUGCAUAGCAACAAUUCCCUAACAUUCCUGGGGGAGAGAGCUGUUUCACCAAGGGGUUCAAAUGCUGCCACAUUGAAUCAAGAAACUGUUUCUCCUGACAAAGAAAUUCAAGGAAAUAAAGAAGCAGAAGGUGCAAUAGACGAUGAACAAGCAGGUAUCACCAGAAAAGAUAUUGAAGUGCAAACUUCUAGGAACAUUGCUACAGAAGCUUGUGAGAAUUCUCCUGCCAUGUUUACAUCAAUGGCUUCUGAGCAAAAUGUCCAUGGUGCAGAAGUUGUAUCCCCUGAUAAUGACCCUCAAGGAUAUAACGAUGGACACGGUGAUUAUUUUAGCUGCAAUGGCAUUAAUGCAUCACUUUUUGAAAAUUCAAGUACCUCUUUAGAAUCCUCGAGCUCAGAUGAUAUCUGUGUAGAUGUUGCAGGAGAAAGAAGUAUAACAUUGGCAAACCAAGAGCUUAAAGGUGCCCUGGAAAAAACAUUUGAGACACACAUUCCUGAGGAGACUGCUGGUGGUGCCGGUGCCAAUGCCGCUGCCAUUUUAACCAUCAUGCCUUUAGAACAAGAUGUCCGAGAUGCAGCUGUUGUUUCCCUGGACACUGCUCUUGAAGGAGAUAAUGAAGGAAUGGGUACAUACAGUCCAGAUCGCGUGAGCUGUAAGAGUUUGGCUCCAUCGCUUUUUCACAUGACAAGCGCCUUCUAUGACAUUAGCUCUGAUGCAACAAGCUCGGCAGAUAACACACUUGAACAAGUGGGUUCAUAUUGUGUGAGUGCUGAGUGUGCUCCGACUCUUCUUGCCAUAAUUGAGAAGUAUGGUGACAUUGCUAGAAAUUGUAGGCUCGAGUCUCCUAAGAUGAUUAAUUACUUGCUGGAGAGAGUUUGCACAGCUGUUCACGAUCUGCAGGAAUUACCAUUUAGUAAGCUCAAGAAGCAUCAUCUAACUUCUGUUAAUGAUGUUAUAGUUUUGGCUGAUGCUGCAAAGCUUGAUGUAGAAUGGCUUCGUGACCAUCAUGAUGAAAUUAGGGAGAUUAUUGUGGAUAACAUUCCUUACUACAAAGAUCUGAAAACUGAUUUAGCAAAUUCCACUGAAUUGCUCAAAUCAAAGAAGACAUCUCUUGAUAAUAAGAAGCUUGAAAGGUUGAAGUUGCAAGCUGAAUUACGAAUGCUGGAGUGUGAGAUUGAAAAUGAGGAGUGUCAGUUGCAACGCAUUUCAAAAACAGUGGAGGAACUAAAGGAGGAGAAACACAAAGUUCAAUCCAAAUUGCAACAAUACCAUUGCAGGUCUGCUGGACAUGGGUUGCUGAAGAAGUAGCUAGGAACUUCGAUUUCUAAUUCAAGUUGGAGCUCUAAGGUUGAUCAUGGAAAACUUAAUUUAAGUUUAUUUUUAUUUUUUAAAGAAAAGAUGAAGUUGAUACUUGAAAGAAUGCUCAUAUGGCCUUGUUCUAAACUUUUGAAUACUUGGCUAGUUUCUAUUAUUUCAAAC